CCAACCUCCUCUUCCUCUCUCGCACACAGUCAAUCAUCUCGCGAGAAAACAGCCUCCUCCAAUAGGAGGCGGGAUAGUAUAACAACUCGGAUAAUGCGCGUAGCAGAAGAGGGCGGGACGAGACAAAUUAAAUGUAUACACUGUUCGUGACAUGGGACACUGAGGAACGUGUAUUUUGAGAUGAACAAAUGUUUGGAAACUAAUAUACACACUUAUUAAAGAGAGAUGGCUGCUACGGUGUUAGGGGACCCCUAUCACAUCGGGGGAGCCCCUUUAGCGAUGCUAGCUGCCCAGUGCAAUAAAUUAGACAGAUGUCCUUCUCCUCUUGGCAAUUCUUCGCUGAAUAAAGGUUUCCAUCCCUGGAAGAGACCGGUUACAGCGGUGACGGCUCCGGACCCCAUGACGUUUUCAUCACAAAGAAUCCCAGGAUUAAACGGAAAUAUGUCCACAUCCGGUUUGAACUACAACCGUGUUCCAAUAACUUCCGUUAGUUCAGCCAGUGGAGGUGGUGAUUGGCUACAUCAGUCGCCUGUUUCUCAGCACUCAAACGAUACCCCUUCUCCUACUUAUCCUCCAAAAAUGUACUCAGAAAACUGUAUGAGUGGUUCCGUUCUCGGAAACAUGUACUCACGAUUACCGACAACCAUGAGUAGUCAUCCUUACGAUUCCUGGUCCCUUAACUUGACACAUCAUUCAACGGUAAAGGAUGUAAAUACACCGACAAAUACGACUGCCUCGUGGUGGGACAUGCAUUCGAAUCAUAAUUCUUGGUACCCGGACAUCCCCGGCUCUUCUCCCGGAAUACACUCCACCUUGCCUUCAAAUUACUCCAAUUCAGACUAUAGUUUAACUCACCCAUUAGGGUCCUCAGCGAAUCCGUAUCUUGCAAGUAAUCAGCAUUUGCUAUCGGAAACAUAUAAAAGCAUGUUUCCAUCACAAACUGAUAUUGGUGCUAAUUCAAUGAAUCAAUUUUUACCCAGGCCCGUUCUUUCAAAUGUGACUGCUGCUUCAAAGUCUCAGAGACGCUUGGCAGGCAGAGCCACAUGUGACUGUCCUAACUGUCAAGAAGCAGAGCGACUUGGACCGGCUGCUGCUCACCUGCGAAAAAAGGCAAUGCACAGUUGCCACAUUCCGGGAUGUGGAAAGGUAUAUGGGAAAACUUCUCACCUGAAGGCACAUUUACGCUGGCAUACUGGAGAGAGGCCCUUUGUCUGCAACUGGUUAUUCUGUGGGAAACGAUUCACACGGUCAGAUGAGCUUCAGCGUCAUUUAAGAACACAUACGGGCGAAAAACGUUUUGCGUGUCCGGUUUGCAACAAACGCUUCAUGAGGAGUGAUCAUUUGAGUAAACACACAAAAACGCAUAAUUGUGGCGAAGGCAAAAAGUCGGAGAGCAACUCGGACUCUGAUACCAGCAACGACAAACCAGCAAGUGCGCCGGGAAAUGGCAAAAAAUAAACAGUCGCAUGAAACUCUGCAAAGAAACGAAAGAAUAUGUGAGGAAACUUGUAAAUAUUAUGCAUUGAUUGCAUACAAGGUGUGUUUUUAUUAAAAAUCACAUUAGCUAAAUGAAGGGUCACAUCAAUUGAGAGUGGUCUUCCAUAUAUAUAUAGUUAUUCUACUUUUGCUGUAUACAAGUCUGAUUCAUAUACAUCUCAACAUAUCUGUGACCAUGACAAUUUCAUUUUUCUUAAGAGAACGACAAUCAUGAUAUUACUUCGAGGUGUGUUCGAAAAGUCCUUUUGCUUUAGAAGUAUUGAUAUUCUUGAUGAUUAGAUUUUAUAUUGUUUUGAUGUGUGAGGUUCUAGCACUUACAGUUGAUUAUAUUAGGAAUAUAUUUAGUGUACAUUUGGGAAUGUUGAUAUAUGCAAUAAAUAUGACAAAAA